AUUUAUCAAGGUCUUUUUAAAUACAAACCUUCCUACCGGUCCUCUUCACGUUUCCUACGUCAUUAAUAUAACUCCAUUGCUCUCUCCCUUUUUCUCCUAUCUCUUUCUUAUUAGACAUCUCCAUAACCCAUUUCUCUUCACAACAACAACUCCAAAUUCUUCAGGUGCAUUAAGAACAACACACUUAUAAUUAUCAUGGAAGAAAUUGUUGAAAGUGAGAAAGUGCAUUUAUUCGAGAAGCCAUUGACACCGAGCGAUGUAGGUAAGCUAAAUCGAUUAGUUAUACCUAAACAAAAUGCGGAGAAGUACUUUCCACUCAGCGAAUCGAUAAACGAUUCAGGUGAAAAGGGAUAUUUAUUGAGUUUUGAAGAUGAAUUAGGGAAAUUAUGGAAGUUUCGUUAUUCUUAUUGGAAUAGUAGUCAGAGUUAUGUAUUGACUAAAGGAUGGAGUCGUUUUGUUAAGGAUAAAAAAUUGGAGUCUGGUGAUGUUGUUUUGUUUGAAAGACAUAGAGUUGACUUCGAUCGACAGUUUAUUGGGUGGAGGAGGAAGAAUGGUGGUGGCGGUGAUGAUGGUGGUGGUGGUGCUGGUGCUGCUGAGUAUGUUUAUAGGCCGUCGGUGGGUGGUCCCUACCAAAAUGAGUUUCGUCAUGCAGGAAGAGGAGUAAAGCACAAUCAAACAACAACAAAUGGGAACAACACAAGGAGACAAGUAAGGUUGUUUGGGGUGAACCUAGAAUGCAAGGUCGAUGACUCGUCUUCAUGGUCCGAGUCAUCGACCCCAGAUGGUUCAUUAUCAUCGAACCAUCACCAACAAAGUCAGGAUUAUCAGGGUCAAGUUGGUCAACACUAUUAUCAAUACGUGCAUAAUUCUAAUCCUCAUGUUGUUCCUGCAGCUUCAUCCUAUAAUAAUUAUUACCACAACAAUAACAUGGAUAUGGAUUACUCAAGAGAUAUCAACCAGAUGAGAUAUGAUAACCAGGGAUAAGAUCUGUGGAUGUUGACAUAAAGGAUUGACUAUCAUGGGCCAAUUGGAAAUAUCAAAAACAAGCAAUUUAAAGAAAAUUAAAAAGGGAAAAUCCCAUAUUUUCUGGCUAUUUGCUUUUGCAGAAAGGUGAUGUAUAGUAUCUCAACUUGAACACACCUCCAAGUCCAGGGGGAAAGUAAAUGAAAAAAGUUGGAACUUUGAUAAAGACAUCAGGGUGUUUUGAGGGGUGGGUAGUUGGACAGUAAAGGUGGACCAUCCAAGUAUAGGUUGAUGUAAACAUAAGUCCAAAUGGAAUAAUAUGGGCUGUAUGUUUAUGACGAUCUCGUCGAACUCAGCUUGUUUGAAAUUGAGACAUAGUCGUUAUUAUAUGUUAACAAGAAUUUAUAAAUAUAUAGUGAAACAAGCUUCUUUUUU